UUACAUCGUGACGUGGAAUCAGACUCUUCAUAAAGCAAGCAAGAGCAGCUGUCAUACAGAGGAAGGAGCAGAACGACAUGCACACAUUCAACCUAAAAAUUAUUGAUAUCCUGCAGAAAGGUGCAAAAUGGCAGUAGCCAGAGCAACAAUGGCUGCUUCAAGGACAACAAAUGAAGACCUAGAGGACUAUAGUGCUUAUGUACACAUGUCUGAACAACAGCUGCUCCAGUUAGCUAUUGAGCGAAGUCUAGCUGAUACAAAUUUAACCCCAUGGCAGGACCGACAACUGCAUACCCACACAGAGCCAGCUGGCCCUACACAAAGACCACAAUUCAUCCCUAACUCGGCAAACCCCCCCAAUGAGAAUAAGUGUGCACAAAUCAACAGAGAUUGUCAAGAUCAUUACUUCAGUAAGGACAAAGACAAGGUGAUUGCCUGGACAAGGUACAAUGGACACCUGCAGGUCACAGUGGAGCCUAUGAAUGAUAUAGACCCUUUUCUCUCAGCCAUUUGGAGAGGAGAUGCAAAGGCUCUACGACACAUCGUUCAUUUCAAAUCUAAAAAUCUCGAUGAACCCAAUAAAGAAGGCUGGAUACCGCUUCAUGAGUCUGCAUACUAUGGCCAUCUCGAGUGCCUUAAGAUUUUGCUCAGAGCCAAGCCAGAUACAAUCAACAAACGAACACACAGAAGUCAGACACCGCUUUUUCUGGCUGUGGGUCGCAAAAAUGUUUCUUGUGUGAAGCAUCUCUUGGAGCAUGGAGCUGAUCCUAACCUUGCAAAUAACCAAUGGGAGACACCACUGCACAGAGCAUGCGAGAAACCUAAUGAAGAGAUUGUGGAGCUUCUUUUGAAAUCCGGAGCUUCACCAAUCAGAGCCUGUAUUCAAGGCGGGACCCCACUACAUGAAGCAGUGAGGAACAAAAACUUAGAGAUUUGUAAGAUGUUGGUACAAGCAGGAGCAAAGCUGUGUGCCAAAAAUAUUUAUGGCAUUGACAGUCUGUUUACGGCUGCUCAGUGUGAUGCUGUUGAUGUGCUUAACUACCUAAUAUUGAAAGGAGGUAAUAUUAAUACCCAGGCAAAUGAUAAUGCAUCCGCAUUGUUUGAGGCUUCUAAGAAUGGUCAUGAUGAAGUUGUUGAGAUCCUCUUGACGAAAAGAGCUGAUGUUAACAAAGCCGACAAAAGUGGAUUACUUCCUAUUCAUGUUGCAGCAAAGAAUGGUCAUGAGAGCAUUGUUGCCAUGCUAAUCCCUAGAACUAACAUGGUCAAAGUGAAAUACUCCGGCAUCAGUCCUCUUCAUUUUGCUGCAGAACAAAACAGAGAUGAUGUUCUAGAAACGUUGAUUGAGGCUGGAUAUGACGUCAAUGCCAUGCUGUCAAAUGAUUGGUCAAAAAUGCAUGAAGAUCGCCGCAGCACAGCUCUGUACUCGGCUGUGGCAAACAGGAACGUUGAGGCAGCUACUAUGCUGUUAGAGGCAGGUGCUGACCCCAACCUGGACAUUUUCAACCCCCUGCUAGUGGCUGUGAGGAAAGGAAGUAUGGAAAUUGUGGCCUUGCUGAUAAAGCAUGGUGCUAAUGUCAAUGCCCUGCUGCCAACUCAUCCCACCAGCUUCCCAGCGGUUUUGGUUUUCUGUGUGAGGUACACGUUGAUGUUGAAGUAUCUACUGGACAAUGGCUGCGAUGCACUAUCAUGUUUUAACUGUCAAUAUGGCAGUAAUCCUCAUCCCCCUAUAAAACUAAGACGAAAUGGACGAGAAACAAUAUAUUAUUUAAAUGAUGAACCAUCAGAACACUGUGUACAGUUUUGUGAGAUAAUCUCUACUCCCUCAGUCAGCGAAUGUGUGGGACCCAUCAUAGACACAUUACUUGACUACGUGGGUCAUGUUAAACUCUGCUCUAGAAUAACUGAGCACCUAGACAGCUGCAAAGAUUGGGCCCGUAUUAAAGAAAAAUCAGUACUUCCUUGCACACUGAUGCAUCUGAGCAGACUCAAGAUUCGUCAGCAAAUGGGAAUCCACAGAUUGAGGCAAAUCAAUGCUCUUCCUCUACCAGAGAGACUACUCAAGUUUUUGAGUUAUGAACAAGAAACAUUUGAGGAAAUCUCGUAGGGGUGUAACGGUACACAGAGGUCACGGUUCGGUACGUACCUUGGUUUUGGGGUCUUGGUUUGGUACGAUUUCGGUACAAUAGGAAAAAUGGUCAAACUUUAGUUUUAGGGUCCAAUUCUCCCUAAAACUAACUAUUAACUAUGACUUUUACCUCAAACUGCUAAUUACUGCUUAUUAGUUGGUUGUUAAGUUUAGGUAUGGGGUAGGUUUAAGGGAUGUACAAUAAGGCCAUGCAGAAUAAGGCAUUAAUAUGUGCUUUGUAAGUACUAAUAAACAGCCAAUAUACUAGUAAUAUUCAUGCUAAUAAGCAACUAAAUAAUAGUGAGAAUUGGUGUUAAAGUGUUACCAGAAAAAGCAACAAAUCCACAAUGCUAGUUUUCUUUUCAUUUAUUUUAAACAGACAGUAGUCAAAUUACAGUUUGUUCCACUUAGUGGCAUUUAGUCCCUCUGAUGUAGUUGGUACAGUACAGUCUCCUAGUGUAUUAAGCAGUAAACAGAAUGCACUCUUGCAUAGCAUAUGUCAUAUUUUUUUGAGGGGCUGAUAAAAACAGGCAGAAGGUAUUUGGUCAUAAUCAGCUACAAAACUGAAAAGCAUCUCGUGUUAUAAAAGUACAAAAUAAAUAGAAUAAUGAAAAAUAAAACUUGUGCAUUUGGAGUGUUACAAUUUGCUAUAAACUAUAUGAAAACAUUCUAUUAAAACUAUAUUUAAACAUUCAAAGCUUAAGCCCAACCCUCCUAUACUUAAUUUUCUGCGUUCUGCUCCGUUUCACGCACAGUUGAGUGUGCGAGCUUAUCAAAGUAUACUCUUUUGUCCUUGAGCACAGAAAGACUCAUUAGAAGCAUCUAGAGGACUUGUUUUCAAACUGUCAUUCGCGUAUGCCCUGUUCUUCUUCUGCACUUUUUCCUGUUGUGGCAGUUAGCAAACAGCAUUGCAUUACCUCACAUGCUCCCUUCUGGAUUGGAGUGUGGAUUGCCUGUGACUGGCUGUAUUCGUUGUGUGAUUGGAUGAAUACAUGUACCGUUACACCCCUAAUAUCCUGUGAUGAAUAUCAUGCCAAUCUUAAUAGUUUACAGAACAUGCUGACUUGAAUUAUUUUGUUACAGACAUAGGGUAAUUGCAGAUUAAAAAGCUUGAAAUUUGUCAUCAAAAUAGUCAUCAUUUAGCAUAAUUACUUUCUGUUUGUACAGAAUUCUCAAUACAUGCUUGUACAUGAAAAUAGAAUAAUAUUUAAAUGUAGUGUCGGUAUAUGAAGGGCUGGGAUUAUAGCAAUAUGUAAUAUAGUGCAUAACAUAAUUUACUUGCACACUAAGACUUUAUAUAAUGUAAUAAGUGGAUGUUUCUGGUCUUCAAUCUGCCGUAAACACAAUGAAAUAUUAUGUGAUGAUUUCUUAUUCUGCUUUAAGAUCAUGAAGAUGUACUGUACACAGUGUAGUUAUUGUAAAUUUAAUUUGUAAAUUACUUAACAUUGAUGUAACCUGUCAUAUUAUAGAGCUUUGUGUAACUCGCCA